AUGUCGGCGGCUAUCCAGAAUCGAACGUUCGAGUUCCAACAGUGUGUCGCGUCCUUCGACAAGAUCAACAAAAAGCAGAAUGUUCCACAGCGGCAAGUUAACGCGCCCGUCAAAAAGUCCAAAUUCAGCCACCAAGCCAGUAUCAUUGCCAAAGACAUAGCACACACCACAGAGUUGUUGCUGAAGCUAGCGUUGUUGGCUCGACGCAAACCGCUCUUUGAUGACCGGCCUGUGGAAAUCGGCGAGUUGACCUACGUGAUCAAACAGGAUAUCUUCAAGAUCGAGCAAAGUAUUCAGAACUUGCAGAAAUACGCUAAAGGCGACUCGUCCAUCCAGGUGGACUCACAAGUGACACAAUACCUGAAGAACGUAUUGAACUUGUUGAAUCUGAAAAUGAAGAAUGUGAGUGGCGAAUUCAAGAACGUGUUGGAGUUGAGACAAAAGAACGAGCUCUUGAACAAACUGAGAAAGGAGAAUUUCCUUCUGGCCACCAACAGACAGAACGCGCUGUCUCCACUCAAUGGCGAUAACGGCGCCUUGUCCAAUUUGGGCGAGAAUCCGUAUUUGCUUGCGGACAGCGCCACACCCGACUUUGAAAGUGCUAAUGGGGGUGGCCUUUUGUCGAUUCCAGAUCAGACCAGGCAAUUGCUUCUCAUGGAAGAGCAGAGCAGUGAGUAUUUACAGCAGAGAAAUUCGGCAGUUGAGACUAUCGAGGCUACCAUCAAUGAGGUGGGAAAUUUGUUCCAGCAGUUAGCCACCAUGGUUACUGAACAGGGAGAGACCAUUCAGAGAAUCGAUCAAAACGUCGAGGACAUUGAUAUGAACAUUAUGGGUGCCCAACGGGAGUUGCUUAAGUAUUAUGCACAUAUCCUGAACAAUCGGUGGUUCUUUUUGAAGAUUUUUGGAGUGUUGUUGUUCUUUUUCUUCCUCUGGGUUCUUGUUAGUUAG